UAAAAUUUUAUUUUAAAAAUCUGGCAUCGGUAUAAGUCUCUUUAACUCUUUGUUUGUGAUUAUGUUAUUAUUAUUGUGUACCCAGUAUGUAAUUGAAAUUUAUGAUCACAAUAAAAUUUAAAAGCUGGUAAUUGACGGCCUUGUUGAAACCGGUAAUUAAUAUAGUUUAAUGGAGACGAAACACAUUAGUUCUGAUUCUCAGGAAAAAUAUUUAUCUAGCAAUUUAUCACCAAAAUCUUCUACAAAUGGUGAUCUGCAUACUGAUGCUUUUUUAAUCGAAUUUUUCCCUGAACUCAAAGUUCCUGAAGUGCAUACUUUGCCAAAGGACUUAAAGGAAAUGCAGCAAGAAGACACUAUAAUGAAUGGACAUCGAUCGUUGAUUGAUGACAUGUCCAUUCAAAAUGAGAAACUGAAGUUAAUGAACAAAGAGUUAAAGGAGAAGAGCAUCCUCCAAGAAAGUCAAAUUGCAAAAUAUGAGGUUGACUUGUCUGAAAAAAUGCAAGAUAUUUUAAAAAUGACCCAAGAAUUUGAAACAUGGAAAGAAAAAUAUCAAAAGUUAAACAAGGUUAAGGAGGAUCAAGAUGGAGAGCUAACUCAAUUAAGGGCUAGUUUAAAUCAGCUGUUGGAAGCAAGAGAAAAACAUGAUGAAGCUAAUCAGGCAAUACAAGAAUUACGGAAAGAUAUAUUAUCAAAAGAAAAAGCUCACCGAAAAUUGAAAAUUGAGUUUGAAUCAGCAAGUCAGAAAAUUUUAGAAAAGAAUGGUCAUGCGAGGAAAAUAAAGUCUGCUAAUAAAAAACUUUGGCAUUUGAUCUUGGAAUUGGGAGAAACUCUCUCAAAGAAUGGUCUAUUGACUGUAAAAAAGAAAGAACAGUUUUUAAAAGAAAUAGAUGAUCAGAUAUCCACUUCUGAAUUAGGCUCUGAAGGUGAAAAUAUAAAAGUGUCCUUGUGUGGAUUGAAAACUGAAACAGUGGAGUCCUCAAAUGGUUCUCAUAGUGUCAAAAGAAAUCCCAAUUCUUCAGACCAGGUUAGUUCUCCUGGAAGUAGUACUGAGAGACAACAAAGUCACUACUCAACAGUUGUCCAUACUUCUGCAGAAAACUGUGUUACUUCCAACAUGAAAUCGUAUCCAGAAAACUGUGUUACUUCUAAUAUGAGAUCGUAUGGCUCGAAUUAUUUCAUGAAAACACACAAAGACGUUAUCGAAGACCUCGUCUCCGAAGAUUAUAAUGAACUUAACAGCUUCAGGCAACAACUUUCUGUGCGUAAUGAUCCUAUUUCUCCUCUCCCACCCACACCACCCCCUAAAAAUGCAAAACUUCUUAAAUCUGAACCAACAAAGUCAUCAGUAUUUGCAGGGAAAAAACUAAAUUUCUUUCAUCAGCAGUCAGAAAGCUUUGAAGUUCAGAAUGUUGAACCGGUGGAAAAGCCACCUUUGAUGAGUCGUGCAUGUGCCACGCCUUCUUUGCCGAACCCGAGUCUAUUCUCAACAUCAUCACCGAGCCCCAGUCCUUACAUGAUAUCAUCUAAGCUUAAUCAUGACGGUUCUCUGAAAUUGGACUUUAGUGCUAAUUAUGACACACAUUUGUCAUUUGAUAUGAACACUCGAAAAGUGUCUUGUACUGUUAUGCCUAGUGCACAGAUUCAAACAGAUUGCUCAAGGAAUAAUUCACUGUCUCCUGCAUCGUCUCAUCCUAUUUCAUCCACAACACCCCAAAUGGCAGAGAGUUUAUCCAGCCAACUCACCCCCGAAUCGAAUAGUUUAGAAACUGUAACUGCCACAAAUUGUGCUGUAGGAAUAAAGAAAAUCGGAACAGACUUUGUGAACAGUGAAAGCCUGAGAAUUCCGAAGAAAAUAAAACUUGAUAAGAAAGUACAGAAGCCUGUUAACAGUUCUUCUCAGAAUGAAAAAGGAAAUCUUAAUUUACAGCAAAAUAGCUUCUCUCAAGAUGAGAGGGUGCCUUUCAGUAAAAACAAUUUGUGCCACGAGAAGAAAACGCUCAAUGAUAUUGGCCGCAGUGGAAAAAUUUAUUCAGCAUUUGUUUCACCCACCGAGAAACGUGUCACUAUUCCGUCUGUCAGAGUUUCGCCUCGUCAGUUAAAAGUUAUUUCUUCUAAUAUGGCAUGCGAUGAGGGGUCUAUGGAAAUGGAUGGUCUCGAGCAACCAUCAACUGCUGUUUGUGAUAAAAUUUCUUCAAAUGACGAUAAAGCCCCCAAUAGACGCAAGAAACGGCCAAGGAAAAUCAAGAAUGCAGAGGAUUUGUUUCAUCUUUCUACUGCAAAAGAUAAUAAUAAAAAUAGAAAAGUUAUGAAAAAAAGGAAAAUUUCUGAUUUUGAAAGGGAAAAAAACAAUGUAGUGGUUGAGGAGAAGAAUAAGUGCCCUGAUAGUAAUAAUGAGGAUGAAUCAAAAAAGGUGGAGCGCAGUGAAAUGCAAACUUGCAACUCCGCUCCAGAAAAUAAUUCACCAAGCUCACUCCAAGACAGCUUUUCAUCAAAUAUUCAAACUGAGUUGAACGUAGCAACGCAUGAAGGUGAGACUUCUCACCUUUUUAAAGUGCCAUGUGUCGUGAAUAAAAAUUCCGAGGAAACAAGGAUUUCGGUUUCGAGUGAGGUAGAAAAAUCAUCAAACGAUGAUCCAUUGUGUGAUGUUGCUAACUUGCUUAAUACACAAACUGAUAAUAAACUCAAUAAUGACAUAGAUUUCUCUGACAUACAGGUCAGUCCUUUUAAUCCUAGUACAUUUGUUUCAAGAGGUUUAUUCGAAAACAACUUGUCUCGUCUAGAGGACACUCAAAACUACGUUGGCGAAGCUAAGAAUGAUUCAGUUUCACGACAAGCCGAUGCUUUACAAGCUAGUAAUGAGCUUGCAUCAUCUUGCCUUGAAAGUCCAUCAAAAGAGACCUUUAAUAAUGACUAUAAUAAUGUUAUAAUUGAUAAUGAUAGAGUUGCCGUGAGUCAAUCGAGUGCCCAAACCUCUGGUGCGGUUCUAACUAUUGUGACCAACGGUCACACAGUGCCGAAUUGUCUAAACGGCAACGAUGGUCUCGAAAGCGAUCACAGUUUGGUGAUAGCUGAAGAUGUAGAACAAAAUGUUUCUGUUUCUGACAGUACUGAGAACUCUCCAAUUAAAACAGAAGCAAAAAGAAAGAAAAAACCUAAAAAGAAGAAACCUCUUCAGAAGAAACAGGUAAAGAAAUGUCCCAGGAAAAUGAAGCAAACUUCUGAAAUAGUUGAUAUUGCUACGACCAUUGUUGCUGCUUUUAGGUCUCUCAACGAAAUGAAAUUUACUGGCAUGCACUUUAAACAAAAUCAACAUACUUUAGUGAAUGCUAUUAUCAAUCCUAAUAAUGCCACGGGAUCGAAAGACGCAGUAUAUCAAGUUUUGAGUUAUGUUGUUGGGUCCAGGGCUAAUCCUCUGCUCCACUAUUUCAUGUCAGAAGAUGAAAGCAUUUUGAUCCCUCUGCCGGAAAAAUGUCUAGUUCAGGCAUUGUUUCAGGUAAGCAAGAAAAAGAAAUCACAUCUGCGUGGCCUCUUACUAUCCGUCGUAAACACUGCAUAUGAACUAAUAGUCACUAAAGAAUCAUUGCAAAUUUAUGGACUAAGCUCAUUAUGUAGGGUUCUGACAGAAAUAUGCAGGUGCCUGGAUGACAAGAAUCGUCCGUUAAUGUUGUGCAGUGAAUUGUUGAAACUCCAACACAAAUUCGCACCCUAUCUCAUUGCUUCAGUGGCAGGUGUAUGGAAAGAACUAUUCUCAGUGGGCAAUGUUUCAGAUGAGGAAAUAAUAUUUCACUCGGCUAUUGUUUAUGGAACGCGGACGAAACCUGCAUCAUUGAAUGAUACCCAAUGGAAGCACUGCAGUAAUAUCUUGUCUCGGUUCUUGUCAGCACAGUUUCCUUACCAAAUCAAUGAGAUGGUUACCUUCUUGAUUCAGACUUUAGAGACUAAGUGUGUCACAGGGUCCUUCGAGAAUGAGUACCUUCUGACCACACCUUUAGUAGUGUUCACUGCUGUUGAAGGAUGGAAUUGGGCAAAAGAGGUACUAAUUGAUGAGCACAUCAUACCACUUCUGGUGAAAUUCUCUGAACAAGAAUUGAACGAAAAAGCUUUCAAUGUUUUCUGCCUGCUCUAUGCUGAUAUUUGUUAUUAUUGUCCAAAUGAAGAAGAUCCUCAUGAAGUUUUUGAAGAAUUUUUUAAUAAUGAAUCAGAUGAAGCAAAUGAAUUUGUGAAGAACUCUGCCGCCAUGGCUCAAAUCAAACUCCUUUUGCACAAGAAACAGCUUCUGCCAGAAUAUUUGACGGAUUGGAUCAGCCAAAUACAGCACAAAACUGAUCAUGUGGAAUACGCAGAAAGACUGUUUCAGAGGAGAUUAAUGAACGAUAAUCCUGAAUUUCUGGAUUCCGAAGUUCUGUAAAGAAAUUUCUGUGUACAUACAACACCAUUUAUUUGCACAUAAUAUAUAUAUAUUUCUGUUUUGUUUUCUCAUUAACCUGUAUAAUUCAUUGUUGUUUUUGUUUCUAAAUAAAUAUUUGUUUCAUCCAUUA